CAGUUCCUAUCCGGGUUCCUGAUGGAACUUUUGGAAAGAGAGGAUUCCACCCAAAGCGUUGUGUACACCUUCCCGCACCUCACCAUCCAAGAGUUUGUAGCCGCACUCACACAAUUCCUGACUGUAGAUCCCGGGAAAAUCCUGAAAUUCCUGUCUGAAGCCCACAGCACGACAGACGGGCGAUUUGAAGUAUUCCUCCGUUUUGUCGCUGGUCUCUCCUCCCCACGGGCAGCUCGGGUCCUGGAGGAGUUUCUGGGUCCAUUUCCUAAUGAAACAACCUGCCGAGUGAUUGACUGGGUUGAAGGAGGAGGUUAAACGUCAGAUUAGAAAUGCAGGCAUUGCUUAUGGUAAAAGGAGGCUCCUGAACACGAUGCAUUACCUGUUUGAGUCUCAGAAUCCUGCACUGGCUCAGCAGACACUGGGAACUGUGGAAACACAUUCAUUCAAUGGACUGGGACUGACCCCGAUUGAUUGUGCGGUCCUGUCUCAUGUCAUCAGGCCCUGUGAUACAAUCAAACACCUCGAUCUGAAGCUCUGCCGCAUUCAGUGUGAAGGUAUCCAGCGGCUGGGACCGGCUCUGCACACGUGUCAGCGCUUGGGACUGGGAAACAACUACCUGGGAGAUUCUGGAGUGAAACCGGUGUCUGUGGCUCUGAGGAACCCAGACUGUAAAAUACUGACACUGUGGCUGGAAGAUGUCGAUCUCACAGAUACUGGAGCCAAGCAUUUUGCAUCUGCUCUCAGUACAAACUACUCACUGACGAAGCUGGACCUGAGUGGGAAUAACCUGGGAGAUUCCGGAGUGAAACUGGUGUCUGAGGCUCUGAGGAACCCGGACUGUAAAAUACAGACACUGAGGCUGGAUGAUGUCGGUCUCACAGAUUCUGGAGCCAAGCGUUUAGCCUCCGCUCUCAGUACGAACUGCUCACUGAUGGACCUGGAGCUGAGUAGGAAUAAGCUAGGAGAUCCCGGAGUGGAAGUGGUGUCUGUGGCUCAGAGGAAACGGGACUGUAAAAUACAGAGACUGGGACUGGACAAUGUCGGUCUCACAGAUUCUGGAGCCAAGUAUCUCGCCUCCGCUCUCAGUACAGUUUGCUCACUGACGAAGCUGAACAUUGGGGACAAUGCGCUGGGAGAUUCCGGAGUAAAACUGGUGUCUGCGGCUCUGAGGAGCAUCGACUGUAAAAUACAGAGACUGGAGCUGGAACGUGUCGGUCUCACAAAUUCUGGAGCUGAGGAUCUCGUCUCCGCUCUCAGUACAAACCCCUAACUGACGGAGCUGGUGCUGGGAUACAACUCCCUCACGGACCGAUGUGUCCCCGCUCUCUGCCGCCUCAUACAGACCCUCCCGAGACUGAAGCGGAUCGAGCUGUGGGGGAAUCAGUUCACUGCCGAUGGACGGAACCAGCUGCAGAGUCUGCGGGGAAUCAGAUCCGGACUGAGAGUGACCGUGUGAACAUCUCUGGGUGUAAACGCCACCGCCCUGGGGACAAGAAUAUUGUUGGCCGAUUCCCCGCCCUCCCCUUUAAGCGGCCGCCCUCCUCUUUAAACGGCAACGCUCUGGGUUUAAACCGAGCGGUUCCCGGGCCGGGUGGGCGGUGACGUCAGAGAAGGCCCUGCCUGCUGU